AUGUUAUUGUUACCACAAGAUGUUACUGCCCCGAGGAAUGCUGUCGCUGCGAGAGAUGCUGCUGCCACGAGAGAUGCUGCUGCCACAAGAGAUGCUGCUGCCGCAAGAGAUGUUGCUCUCGCGAGACGUGUGACUGCUACGAGAGUUGCUGCUCUCGUGAGAGAUGCUAUUCCCGCGAGAGAUACUACCACCGCGAGGAAUGCUGCUGCCGCAAGAGAUGCUGCUGCCACGAGUGAUACUGCCUCUGCAAAUGUUGCGGCCGCGAGAGGCAGGGGCAGAAAAGCAGUACCCCAUCACUGGUUCCCUCCUGCAUCCCCAGAGCCACCCAACCUACUUCACAGACCUCAUCACAGAACUCGAUUCCGCCCCGACUCGUACGACACUACAACGAUCAUGGCUGCGAGUGAAAGGUCUCGUCCGUCUCGCCUGAGCACUGACGACUACCACAUCCGCGCGGCUUGCUAUACCUGUGGUCUACCCAAAUCAGAGCACCGUCGCGAUGCCAAGGCCCACCUCCUCGGCUGGGAAACGAAGAUGGUCGCUGAUUUCCUCACACACCAGUGGCACAAGGACCACAAGAGGAUCGUCAAUGCCCACGCAUAUCAAUGGAAGUUCACGAAACCCAACCACCUACACAACGACCUCGUCGACCACCGGGGCAGGAUCAUCACGAUGUACAUGGACAUCGUAAAAGAGCAUUGCGACACUGCCGAGGAGUAUGCCGCAAUCAAGGCCCAACUGAUGCGGGCCAUGCCGGAGACGCUUCCGCGCAAUCUGAGUGCCGUGCCCUCGGGUCUGACCCGGCAGCCAGAGGUCCCGGUCAACCCACAACACGACCGCCCGCUCCCAUUGGUACUAUGCGUGCCCAUUGCCGUUCGUGUUGAUGGGUUCCGCAUGGUAUUAAUACGCAAAAACCCCAGCACCCGCUUCUGCUGGAACCUGCCCACGAACUUCGAUGAGAUCGACGAGGAUAUCUUUUAG